AUGCAGAAGCAACAUUAUUGUGAUUUGGAGCUAAUAGGACAAGGUAGCUUUGGCUCUGUUUUUAAAGCUAUCAAUGUUGAAACAUCCAAACCAGUCGCUCUUAAAGUAGUAGAUUUGGAUGCAACGACGGAUCAAAUAGAAUCUCUUACUCGAGAAAUUAAUUUUUUGAUUGGAUUAAACUCGCCAUUUAUUACUAGAUAUUAUGAGUCUUUUCUGGAUGGGACGCGCUUAUGGAUAAGCAUGGAGUAUUGCGAUGGAGGCAGUUGUACAGAGCUUUUGAAGACAGUCGGAAAGUUUCCGGAACAGGUAAUAGCUGAGAUCCUAAAGAAUAUAUUGGAGGCUUUGGUGUACUUGCAUGGUCAAGGAAAAAUGCACCGCGAUAUAAAAGCUGCGAACAUCCUAACUACGCAGGAUGGGGAAGUUAAGCUAGCAGACUUUGGUGUAUCCGGUCAAUUGCAAAAUUUCUACGAUAAAAAUGAUGAUUUCGUUGGUACCCCAUUUUGGAUGGCUCCAGAAGUUGUCAAACAAACUGGCUAUAAUGCCAAAGCCGACAUAUGGUCCCUGGGAAUCACGGCUUUUGAGUUAGCAAACGGAGAACCUCCUUAUUCCGGCAUACAUCCUAUGAAAGUAUUACUUUUAAUUCCAAAACACGCUUCUCCAUCAUUAGAUAGAUCAUCCUUUAGUCCAGCAUUCUGUGAUUUCGUUGAUCUGUGUCUUAAAAAAAACCCACAGGAACGCCCCUCACCAUUGAAGCUCUUAGAACAUAAGUUUAUAAAGAAAAAUUGUUCUAAAGACACUCUGAAACUAGUUAUCCAAACCUAUUCCAAAUGGAAACUUAACGAUCAAACCUCCGACUUUGCUUCUCCAUACAACGGUUCAGAUUUUGUAAAAAAUCCUGCUACCGUAGAUAAUGUGAUAUGGGAUUUUGGCACACUAUCCAGAUAA